GUAUGAAAUUUAUUUCACCUGUAGCAUUCAAAGACCUUGGAAAGUUGAUGCUAGAAGUUGGCUUGAUGUUGGCUCAUCAUUGUGAUUACUAUGCAUCUGUGCAUUUCAGUAAUGAAUCAAGGAGUGGGACCAUGUGUUGGUGAAAGCCUUGAACAGACUCUUGCUCGCUCAAGGUGUCAUAAGGGCCGUCUGCUGUACUAUUUUCCCCAAAAGUUUAGCAAACAGAAAGAUGGUCAAUCUAUUUCAUCCUGGUGCGGAUGGCAUACUGACUAUGCAUCUUUGACAGGACUUACAUGUGGCUUGUUCAUGAGAAAAUCUGUGGAGAUUCCUUGUCCUGAUAGUGGAGCUGGGCUACAUAUCCGAUCUCACGAUAAUCGAGUUGUUAAGGUUACAUUUAAGGAUGAUGAAUUGGCCUACAUGACUGGGGAAACUGCUGAAAUACUAUCAAGAGGUCACCUACGUGCAACCCCACACUGUGUGAAGGUAAAAUCUAGAUAAUAUUCAUCUUCGUAAUUGCAUGUAUAAGGGGCGUUAGGUUACCUUCGUGAGCGCUUGGGUCUGGCCUGAGGGGUGCAAAAACAUCUAUUGAGUUUGGCUUGGGAAACACAAAGUUUAGAUGUAUGUGGAUCAGUGGAUGGUUCAUGGUU